CAUCAAUGAGUAUUUUAAGGCACUCUUCUAAACGACAUGAACUUAAAGACAAAGACGCUUCAGCAAAACUUGCCUUUGAAUUAUCAUGCUUACAUUAUUCUGAUCCUUUCCUACUCACAAGUUAGGCUUAUUCAGUUAUUCUACCUCUCAUUACAUAUGCAACUCCACUUUAUGAAAAAUAUUAGUGCUUUUGGUAAUGGAGCAGUUGCAUAUGUUACGUACACAGUUACGGAAAUUAUAGAUUAUAUAAUAAAACUAGUCUUCAAAGUCUUCCUUACCACUAUCCUCAAUUCUUCCAAAGAAGACUGCAAAUAUGAGCUCUCCUCUCAUCCAUGAAAUCAAAGGGCAAGCAUUUCGGUUCUUGAAGGAGAAGAUUAAAACUGCAAGGCUUGUGCUCACAGAUGUUACACCAGUUCAAUUAAUGACAGAAGAAGCCACAAAUGAGAAUCCAUGGCCACCAGACACACGUACCACGAGUAUAAUAUCACGAGCUGCCUUUGAAGUGGAUGAAUAUGAGAGAAUCGUGGAGAUUUUGCAUCACAGGUUGUCGAAAUUUGAUAAAGGGUAUUGGAGAGCCUCAUACAAGGCUCUUAUUUUACUGGAACAUCUUCUAACUCAUGGACCUAAAAGAGUAUCCGAGGAGUUUCAAUGUGAUAUAGAUGUUAUUGAAGAGACUGGACAAUUUCAGCACAUUGAUGAGAAAGGGUUCAACUGGGGUUUGAGUGUUAGAAAAUUAUCAGAGAGAAUAUUAAAGCUCUUAAGAAACAAGGAUUUUCUCAGAGAAGAAAGGGCAAAAGCACGUAAUCUUUCUCAUGCAAUCAAAGGUUUUGGAAGUUUUCACCAACGAAGCUCAGCAAUAGAUGAAAGGUUAAGUGACUUACCUUCUAAGAUUUAUGGGAGAUGUAAUUCUUACUAUGAUCAUCGCCAAUGUGAAGAAUAUGAUUUCACAAGCUUGGGAAAGAAACUCAGUACUGCGAAUGGAAAUGAAAGAGAGCAACAAAUUCUUGAAGACGUGGACAAUUCAAAGCUCCUAAAGCAUAAAUAUUAUUCAAAUUCGGAAGAAGACACAGAAGAAAAUCACCCGUUUAUUGAUCAAGAGAAACUGACAACAGCAUCCCUGCUUACUGUGUAAUUAGAAGUAAUAAUAAUUUACAUAAUAUAGCACUUGAUUGAACUGCGUGUAGGUUUUGGGAUGAGGGGGCUUAUGGACAACGUAGAAUCAAAGCAAGGGUGUAUAAAUAUGUACAAAUAAUACCAGUUAUGUUAUAAUAUGAUUUGUGAUCCAUUGUGUAACAUUGUAAUAUGCUAACAAAACCUAUAAUUCACAUUUUACUACCCUAACAAAGGGUAACAUACUUGAUACAUAAUAUUGUUUCUUAAGCAUAUAUACAUGAGUUUGAU